CAGAGUUCUUCCCUCGCAGUGCACACAGCCAACAUUUCACACACCAGCCUCCUCAUUCCGCAUUUCUCCGGCGCAAUCUGUGAGCUGAGAGAGUCUCAGGAAUUCAUUCCUAGCUCUCCUUCUUGGCCGUUGCUGCUUUCUUUGCAGCGUCGCAGGUCAUUCGGGAAGUAAAUUUGGAAGAUCUUCCCAAAUUCUAUAAUGGGCAAGAAAUCGAAGACCGCUGAGGUGGCUGCCCCCGUCGUGGCUAAAGUAGAGAAAAAAUCAGGGAAGAGGGCUUUGGAAGAGGCCAUAGCUGCCCCCGUGUCUAAGAAAUCAAAGCCCGAGAAAAAGGUCGUACCACCACCCAAGAAGGUGGAGUCUUCAUCAGAGGAGUCCGACUCCGAUGAAGAAGAGGCCCCUAAGCCUGCGGUUAAAGCUGCUCCAAAAGCAGUUGCCAAAGCAGCUCCUGCCAAGAAAGCGCCUGUGGAAAGCAGCAGCGAGGAGGAAUCAUCCGAUGAAGAGGAUGUCAAACCUGUUGUCAAGGCCGCGGCGAAGGCUGUGAAGGCGCCAGCAAAGAAGGAGGAGAGCAGCUCGGAGGAAGAUGACUCGUCUGACGAGGAGAUGGUUCCUGUCCAAGUCGCGCCAGUUAAGAACGGAAAGGUGGCUGCCAAAGCACCUGUUGAAGAAAGCUCAGACGAGGAGGAUAGCGAUGACGACAGCGAUGAGGAAGUGAAGCCUGCAGCGAAGUCUGUUACCCCUGCCAAGAAACCAGCUAAGAAAGAGGAGAGUAGUUCUGAGGAGGAGUCUGAUGAGGAUAGCGAGAUGGAGGAUGUGAAACCGCAAAAGGUUGUUGCAAAGCCUCCAGCGAAGAAGGUAGAAAGUAGCUCUGAGGAAUCUGACGAGGAUGAGGACAGCGAAGACGAAAAGCCCGCUGCCAAGAACGGCACACCUGCUAAAGUAGCGGCGAAGAAGACUGAUGAAUCUUCUUCUGAAGAAGAGGAUAGUGGCGAUGAGAGUGAGGAGGAAGUUAAGCAUCAGAAUGGGAAGGCCGCGAAAAAGCCAGCAGCUAAAGAAGAAAGCUCUGAAGAGGAGGAGUCAGAGGAGGAGAAAGUAGAGGUUAAAACUCCAGCGAAGGCUCCAACUACUCCAUCUGCUGGUGGUAGCAAAACUAUUUUUGUGAAAAAUCUAGCGUGGGGAGUGGUUCAAGACACUUUGUACGAGUUUUUCGCAGAUGCUGGUACUGUGGCCGAUGUCCGAAUUGCUAAGGACGAGGAAGGCAAUUCCAGAGGGUUUGGCCAUGUCGAGUUUGAAACUGCCGAGGCUGCUCAGAAGGCUUUGUCGAAGAGCGGACAAACUGUGGAAGGGAGAGAGAUUUGGUGUGACUUGGCUCGUGAGCGUGGAGCUGCCACACCUGGAGGCGGCAAGGACUGGAGCCAAACGCCAAAUGGAGGAACCCCUGGAGGAAGGACUGGCGGAGACAAGACUGCUUUCGUCCGAGGCUUUGACAAGUUUCAAGAUGAGGACACGAUCCGAAGUAACUUGACGGAAUUUUUCGGUGAAUGCGGCAAUGUAGUGAACGUUCGCAUCCCCACUGACAGGGAGACUGGACAAAUUAAGGGGUUUGCUUAUGUAGAGUUUGGAAGCAAGGAUGAGAUGACCAAAGCGUUUGAACUAGAUGGGUCCGACUUCAAUGGCCGCAGCCUUGUUGUUAACGAGGCCAGCAGCGGUGGUGGUGGUGGUGGUUUUGGAGGUGGUUUCGGUGGUGGUCGGAGUGGCGGACGUGGAGGCGACAGGGGUGGUCGUGGUGGUCGCGGUGGUCGUGGAGGUGACAGAGGAGGAUUUGGGGGUAGAAGUGGAGGCCGAGGUGACAGGGGAGGCCGCAGCGGUGGACGUGGAGGACGCGGGGGUAGAUCAUCUGCCCCCAUGGUUGGCACGGGAAAGAAGAUGACAUUCGAUGAUUAGAGAAGUCUCCUACAGAAGAUUAUGAUCUUCGUUUUCGAUUGAGUUUUGUGUAGUUCCCGGUUCGUUUCAACAGGAAAUACAUAGAGAAAUGUAUCUGCUGGCGGCUUAGAGAGAGCUGAUUUAGGCGUGAGUAAUUUUUUCGUACGUUUUUUAUUUGCUACGGAGCUGGAAAUUCAGGGGUAGUCCUUGGGCCGUGUUGAUCACGCCAUUUAGUAAAGAUGCUGGUGGUGGCUAUAGGUUAGCUCUCGGACAUGAAAAUUACCUUCCCAUACACAGAUCAAAUUGUUGACUACGUUUUUCUUUUCUUGCCUGAAGCUACUCCCCUACUUGUACGUCACGACUAAUUUGCAUUAUGUAAGCCUCAAUUUACGGAUUUUUCACUACUUUAAAUAAAGUAUUCAUUUUGGAAGAUAGAUUUAA